CCUACUAGGGGCUCAGACCUUCUAAAUUUGGAUAUAAACUGAGGCACAGCCAAUAUUACACCGAACUUGAAGCACAGGACUGCGCUCAAUUGAAGCUUGAAGCAAAACAUGUCUACAGAUCCAUACCACGCAGUGCAGCAGGAUGUUCAGUCAACCUUGCAAACUGUGGUAACCCUGCGCGCUUCCUACUUCCGGAUACAGAACAUGGCCCACGAAGGAAGUGAAGAGCUCGUCUGGGCGCAAAAUGAGCUCAAAGCAACACUGGCUGCGCUCGAGGCGGAUUUGGAAGCUCUUGACGAGAGUGUCAGGGUAGUGGAGUCGACUGGUCCGCGUUUCUUUAACCUUGGCGAUGCAGAAGUCGCCGAACGUCGAAAAUAUGUCGACCGAGUCCGUAAGGAGAUAGAGGCUAUGAGGGCUGAAUUAGAGGGAAAUUCGCGAGGCGAAAGAAGCGACUCGCCCUAUGGCCAGCAACCACCUGGUGACACCUCGCGGUCGCCUCUGUCAUUGGAUCACCCCUUAUCAUCCGAACAGCACCAAUGGGAAAGGGAGGAGCAGCAACUCCUCAUUCAAGAACAGGAUCGAACGAUGGAUUCCAUAUCCGGGACUCUGACGAAUCUUGCACACCAAGCUGGGCUGAUGGGUCAGGAGAUUGACCAACAUGUUGAAAUGUUGGAAGAUCUCGAACACCAUGUAGAUGGUACCGACACGAAGCUCAACACAGCCAUGCUGAGACUACGAAAGUUCGUGCGCGAGACAGAAGAAACGAAAUCUGGGUGGUGCAUCACUUUUCUGAUCAUUGUCCUCAUCAUCUUGUUAAUAGCAGUUAUUUUCGCAUAAUGCUUCAGUACAUGCAUAGGAAGUUCUUUGCUUGUAGAGUAGAGUGGCCACGUCGGCUCAUGCCCUAGUAUUGGGAGAUCGAGCCCCUGUGUUUUGCGGAGCACUAUCAUAAUCAACCCCAUCAAAACCUGUUCCGCAUACCAAC